GGUUGCUAUGGGCUAAGCAGUGAUUGGUUGCUAUGGGAAACACAGAGAAUCUUCCUAUUAUACAGCGCCAUAAAUAUCCCUAUAUAUAUAUAUAUAUAUAUGUGACAACUUGAUGUCCCCAAAGAGAAGCAUCCGCCCUGCACCAAACCCCCAGCUCUAUACAUACCAAAUGUCUAUAAUAUGGAAUCUUUGCAGGAAAGUUCUGGAGGAACAAUGAGUGGACUAGAAAACCCCAUAUCAGAGAAUGGAAAGAAGCAAUUUUCAUGUCCGGAAUGUGUGAAGCUUUUUACUAGGAAAGUAAAUCUUGUGGAUCAUAUAAAAACUCACACAGGGGAGAAACCAUUUUCAUGUCCAGAAUGUGUGAAGAGUUUUAGUAAUAAAUCAAGUCUUGUAAAACAUUUGAGAACUCACACAGGAGAGAAGCCAUUGUCAUGUCCAGAAUGUGUGAAGUGUUUUACUAGGAAAGUGCAUCUUGUGGAUCACAUGAGAACUCACACAGGAGAGAAACCAUUUUCAUGCUCAGAAUGCGCAAAGUGUUUUAGUAAUAAAUCAAAUCUUGUAACACAUCUGAGAACUCACACAGGAGAGAAGCCAUUUUCAUGUCCAGAAUGUGUGAAGAGUUUUAGUCAUAAAUCAUAUCUUGUGGAACAUAUGAGAACUCACACAGGAGAGAAACCAUUUUCAUGUCCGGAAUGUGUGAAAUGUUUUAGAAUUAAAGCAACUCUUGUGGAACAUAUGAGAACUCACACAGGAGAGAAACCAUUUUCAUGUCCGGAAUGUGUGAAGAGUUUUAGGAAUAAAUCACAUCUUGUAAAACAUCUGAAAACUCACACAGAAGAGAGACCAUUUUCAUGUCCAGAAUGUGUGAAAUGUUUUAGAAUUAAAGCAACUCUUGUGGAACAUAUGAAAACUCACACAGGAGAGAAGCCAUUUUCAUGUCCGGAAUGUACAAAGUGUUUUAGUCAAAAAUCAAGUCUUGUGGAACAUAUGAGAACUCACACAGGAGAGAAGCCAUUUUCAUGUCCAGAAUGUGUGAAGUGUUUUAGUCGUAACUCAAGGCUUGUAAAACAUCUGAGAAAUCACACAGGAGAGAAUCAGUUGUCAUAUACAGUAUAUGGCUAAUGUUUUAACCAAAACUCAAAUGCAUAUGUAUACAUGAGGACAAACAUAAAGAAGAAGUCAUAUCCAUGUUCAGAAUGUGGAAAAUGUAUUAGUAAGACAUCUUGUUAAAAAUCUUAGAGCACACACAGGGGAGAAGCCAUUUUUAUGUUCAAUAUGUGAAAAAUGUUUUAGACCAAAAUGAAAUCUUGUACAAAACAAAAGGAGAAAAAAAGCGAAUAUACUAAAAUGUCUGAGAGGAGAGAAGUCAUUAGAAUGUUCAGACUGUAGGAAAUGUCCGGUGCACAUUGUAGGACCUGAUGUGUCAGGACGUCUUCUAAGUUAUAGUGUCUCUGGAAUGUUCUUCUCCUGUCUGAUGGUCAGAUAGGACAUGGAGAUGACCAAUCUGUGCACGAGUCCUAUUAAUUCCAUUGGAUGUGUGUAGGAAACCCGCUGGACGUCACAUGCUCGCCUCAGUAACUGUACUGCCCAGCAGGGACUUGUGUCCUUCCACCCCCAAUCUGAAGAUCAGGGGGGAGAUCACCAUUAUAGGGACACUAGAAAUGCCCGGCUACAAUACUGAAAACCAUUACUGCUAUUUCCACAUCCAACUGGGUUUGGACUAAAUGGACUGUAUCCCAAAGUUCUUCUAUGUGAGAAUAAAGUAUGAAGACUUCUCUUUGUUUCUUCUAUUCUUUUUGUAUCUGGAGAAUUCAGACAUUAUUCUUUAUACAGAACAGAAGAGACAUCCUGUGGGACAUGACUUUUCUGGACAUGGGUUUUAUGGAAAAAUAAUAUCAACCAAAGUUUGUAAUAGUCCCAGAAAGGGUGGAGCCUUUUUCCUGGAAUACCUCUUUAAUGGGGCACUCUGGUGGAAAACAUUUAUUUUUUAAAUCCACUGUGCCAGAAAGUU